AUGUCGCACCUUGUGGUGUUUGCGACAUGCCUGCUGGUGGUGUGUCACUCGCUGCCCUCGACCGUGGGAGCAGAGGCCACUGCCGACGCUCAGACCGACAAUGAAUCACUCCAGAAGCAGCUGACAGACAUCAAGGACACGUGGCAGGCAUUUCAGCGAACAUACACACGUCUCCAAAACGACAUGAGAGAAGUCAAUGUGAGCGAGAAGCACACAAAACUGAAAACACGGAGGCGUCGAUUGACACUCUCUCUCUCUACGUAUGUGUGCAUGGGUGUGUGUCAGGGUGUGAGGAGCAGGAGGACAGCAGCGGCUGGCCUGCCUCGCUUCGUUCAGUCUCGCAGCCGGCUGGACCCCGCUAUGCUCCACCGGGGUCAGUAUGUGACACAGAUGAUGCGGCCGCCGAUGAUGGGCAUCAUGGUCACCGAAGACGAGGACACCAACAAACUCACCGACCAGGCCGCACUCACCGCGAUGCAAUCAGCUGCCGACCAGAUACAAGGCACGCGUGCACACACUGUCGAACACACAUGAUCUAUGGAUGUCUCUUUGUGUAGAGAUGCUGGACAUGGAGGAGUCGAGUGUGGAGCGUGAGCGGCGGUUAGGCAGGGUGGAGCGCACAGUCAGGAACAUGGCCGCAACAGCUGAGUGGGGCAAGCACAUCGCAGCAGCCAAGAGACAUGCCGCAGAGACACAAGAGGCAGCGGCGGCGGCGCCGCCACAGCCGGCAGCAGCACCCAUCGAGGAGUCGUCGGCCAAGGCGCACAGCAUCGAGCAGACUCACAUCGAGAAAGAGACACCACCGCCGCCUGUGGGUGAGAAGAAGAGCGCUGUGCUUUCAUCAGCGCUCCCCUUCAACGCGGUUUCUCGCAUCGGAGACCCACUUAAGGUGUGGAUUAUGCAUCGAUGCUCUGUGUGUGUCUCUCGGUCGAUGUGUGUGUGUGUGUGUGUGUGUGUCUGUGUUGCUGCUGCUUGUGUCAGGUUGGCGCUGUCUCACGAUUUGCACAGCGGCUGAAUGUGGUUCCUUUCCUGCGACGCGGCCUCGUGCUCAGUCACCAUGAUCUGGCACACAGGCGCUACAAGCCUCUGGCUGCCAAGCUCAGGUCAGGCAGAAAAACAUACGAACGCUCAUCUCCCCAUCUGUUGCUUCCGUGGACAGAGUGCUGAAGCAGAGGAUCGGCCUCGCAAUCCAGCAGAAGAAGCGGAGCAAUCGUGACUCUGAAACCGUGCUCGGCCACAUAGUCGCUGAUCUGUCUGCGUCUACGCCCACGAGAUGAGAGGCAGACGUCAACAAGGCCUCAGUGGUGCUGGGUUCGACCAUCGAGCGCAAAGGCUGCAGACGCAACUAUGCCAGUUUUUGCCCGCAAGGUGACACAACCAACACCCUGACAAAUGAAUGUCCGUCUUGUCUGUGUGUCCAUGCCAUGUGUUGCAUCGUGCCUGACAGGGUUUGACGAGUUGCCUCAGCGUUACUGUCGGCCCAGCGGCAACCUCAAGCUCAAGCGGGGCUGCACAGGCACACGCACAUUCAUCGACAUGACGAUCGCCGAUAAGAUGGCAUUCGAAGCCGUGUGCCAAGUGAACCGGCCAUGUUUUCCGUUCUGUGAGGAGUCCUUCACGGCAGCGCGGCCACUUGGUUGGCGGCCGAGAGAGGGCGGCGUCUCCGAAGGGCCUGUCGGGUCAGCUGAUUGCCCAACACAGGUUGACUUUGCCGCCAUGACGCUUGGCGGCCGACGGCGAUUCGGCGAGAGGUGUUCGGUCUUGUUCCCGUGUGUCAACGACUGGUGAGACAGACAAACCGGACAGCACACACACACACACACACACACACACGAAUGGUCUGGUCAUUCUCAAUGGUCGGCUGUUUGCAGCAAGUGGGACCUUACAUUUCCCUGCCCGCUUUUCUUCCGUGUUUUCCUCGACGAGGACACAGGCCUCGCAGAGUGCCAUCCAACGGCCAAACUCACCACAGGUACACAAACCAAGAGCAGCAGCAGCAACGCGAUCGAUCCACCAUUGCCCCUUGCUCCAUCAGAGCUGACCGAGGAUUGUAUCAACGCCACCAGGACACUCCCAAUACAGACACCGACGGAGAAGAGACAGGUACGCACGCAUCGCCCAUGAGAUGCAAUCGCGUGCGAAUGUAUGUGUGUCCUUGUCAGGUCGCCGAGAAGUGUCUCACCGCCUUCCCAUGCAUCCCAAACAGUGAGGGACGAAGGUGUCUCUCCCUCUCUGUGCACGCGUGUUGGGUGUGUCAGCCAUUCGCGAGUCUGACGGCCGCAUCCUCGCCGACUGUCUCGCAUUCAACUACACUGAGCCAUGUCCCGUGGGCUACACCUACAAGAGCACCGAAGGCGACGACUACUCGUGCGAGGGCCCUGACAUGGAGACACACACAGUGAUCCACCUGUCGCACAACAGCACUACCGACACCGACAAGGCCCUCGUGUACGCCGAGACCGGCCACCGCUUCGCGUGUGAGACAGAUCCGUGUGGCGGCCUUGGCAAAGACUACAAACCAAUGUGUCCACAUGUGCGUCCGCAUUAGAUCAACAUUAGCCACCCUUGUCUGCCUUCAUCUGGCUGCUGUGCAUGCAUCUGUGUUGGUCAGGGUUGGUCAUCGAGUGUGGCGAGCGGCAGUUGCCUUUCGCCAGUCCAUUACACCGGCCCAUGCACCGCGCCGGCAAAACUCACAGGAUUCACCACGUAUGUAAUGCCGAGACCGGUGAAGGCAGACGCAUAUUGGUCUUUGUGUCCUUGUGCGUGCGCAGGUUGAUGAAGCAGGCCUACGAGCUGCGAUGCGGUGUGAACUGGUGUGCGUGAGAGUGACAGCGACAGAGGGACAAACACAGAUGACAAGUGACAGACACACCUGAAGCGGAUGAAACGCACUUGAAGCAUACGUAGUCGACGCAUCAGUUUGCAGUCCAUCCAUCCAUCCAUGCAUCCAUCCAUCCCGCAAGAGGCAGCAAGAAGCACCCGAUGAUGUGCGGCCAGGUAUCCAUCGCAAAGAUGGCCGAUACCACGGAAUGCACGCGAACAGAUAAAAACCUCUGCGACAGAGAUGCACUGACUGCAGCAAAGGAACAGCGAGUAUUGUGGGGCAAGACCAGUCUUGGCACACAAUACCAUUGACGCGGUCGACAGCCUUCGACACCGCGCCCAAGAACCUUCUUUGAAAUGAUUGUUUCGUCGCAGGCCGUCGCAGCGGUCCUUGAGUGACAUUUGCAGUGAUAUCCACUAUCUGACGUUUUUUGGCCAAGAUGAGUGGAUCGCGGUAUUCUUGAGCUCGCAAAUUCUGUGGGCGUGGGUUGUUGAGUGAGGAUACCUGUUUGUUCGUGUAUUUCACGUUUCGCCGCCUCCCUCCUCCCGGCGUUUUGAGCACACGCCUCCCACCUACCUCCCUGCAGUCCCGCCCGACAGCACUCAGGUAUGCACGCCACCACACGCAUCAACAGACCAGACAGGCCACAUAGGGGUGGAUAUACGCUCCACGGGGAUGGCAGCGACGCAUGUGGGCGGCCGUGGGCGGCAUUGGCAAUGCCGCGAUGGCACCACGGCACGAGGAGCCGCGAUUCGGUCAUCACCAGCUGCCCAACAGCCUCAGGAAGGUCAGAAUGGCUAUGCUGAGGCGCCUGAGAUGAGCCCUGGGUCGGCAUGAAGCCAAUUCAGCUUCCCAGAUGGUUCCCGGCAUCGGCGUGACGGCAUUGUUGGCUUUCCUCCGCAAUGUCACGGCACUGUCGGCUCUGAUGGACGCGGCAGCUGGCAUGAUGUCUCCCGCCGCUCCGCAGGGAAGCCACGAGAGCGGCGACUCGGCAAUGGACGGAAUACGGCUCGGGGAUGCAGUGCGUUCUUGAGUGCAUACCCGCGUUGACCACCUUGGGCACAUCUCACCGUCUGUAUCUCUGUCUGUGUGUCAGACUCUGCCAUCAUGCGUGAGAUCGUGCACAUCCAGUAAGCAGCAGCGAAUGAGAAUGCCGCCUCACCACCUCCCAUCCCACCAUGUGUGUGUCGUGUCCUCGUGCUGUCCAUUAAUGCAGGGGCGGCCAGUGCGGCAACCAGAUCGGUGCCAAGUUCUGGGAGGUGAUCUCCGACGAGCAUGGCAUCGACCCGACGGGGACGUACCACGGUGACAGCGACCUCCAGCUGGAGCGCAUCAACGUCUUCUACAACGAGGCGACUGGCGGCCGCUAUGUGCCCCGUGCCGUCCUCAUGGACCUGGAGCCCGGCACCAUGGACAGCGUCCGCGCAGGACCCUUCGGCCAGCUCUUCAGACCCGACAACUUCGUCUUCGGUCAGACCGGUGCGGGCAACAACUGGGCCAAGGGCCACUACACCGAGGGCGCCGAGCUCAUCGACUCGGUCCUGGACGUGGUGCGCAAGGAGGCCGAGGGCUGCGACUGCCUGCAGGGGUUCCAGAUCACACACUCGCUCGGUGGCGGCACUGGCAGCGGUAUGGGCACCCUCCUCAUCUCCAAGAUCAGAGAGGAGUACCCCGAUCGUAUCAUGGAAACCUUCUCCGUCUUCCCAUCACCAAAGGUAAGCUAGCUUGGGACACACACAGGAGAGGGGAGACGGGAGACGGGAGAGGGGAGACGGGGGAGGGACUGACAUGGCUGGGCGGUGGUGCACAUGGAUGUUGGAUGUGUGUGUUGUGUGUGUGCAGGUGUCUGAUACCGUUGUUGAGCCGUACAACGCCACCCUGUCGGUGCAUCAGCUGGUCGAGAACGCCGAUGAGGUGCAGGUCAUCGAUAACGAGGCCCUCUACGAUAUCUGCUUCCGCACACUUAAGCUGGUCAGAAAGACACAAACACACACACAGACACCAUCCACACAACACACGCCACCACUCACCCCCCAUCUCCUCCUCUCCCCUCUGUGUGUGUGCAGACGACCCCCACAUAUGGUGACCUGAACCAUUUGGUGUCCGCGGCCAUGUCUGGUGUGACGUGCUGCCUGCGUUUCCCUGGCCAGCUCAACAGCGACCUGCGCAAGCUGGCGGUCAACCUGAUCCCCUUCCCCCGUCUCCACUUCUUCAUGAUCGGAUUCGCACCCCUCACAUCUCGCGGCUCACAGCAGUACCGCGCACUCACCGUACCUGGUGCGUCGACCUCCCCACCCCCUCCUUCCCAACACACACACACACACAUCGCCUGGAUUCCCAUCCGUAUUUGUCGCUGUGUGUGUUGUCAAUGGUGUCGAUAUAUCAGAGUUGACUCAGCAGAUGUUUGACGCUAAGAACAUGAUGUGCGCGUCUGACCCGCGCCACGGUCGCUACCUGACGGCGAGCGCCAUGUUCCGCGGCCGCAUGUCGACCAAGGAGGUGGACGAGCAGAUGCUCAACGUGCAGAACAAGAACAGCUCCUACUUCGUCGAGUGGAUCCCCAACAACAUCAAGUCCUCCGUCUGCGAUAUCCCACCUAAGGGACUCAAGAUGUCCGUCACAUUCAUCGGAAACUCCACUGCUAUCCAGGCAAGUACACACGCACAUGGACAGACAGAGGGCUGAGGGAGGGAGGGAGGCAACAUGGAUGGAAGUCAUGUUGUGGCUGCCUUGUGGCGUGUGUGGUGUGUGUGGCCAUCCAUCCAUUCGUCGCUCAGGAGAUGUUCAAGCGCGUUGCUGAGCAGUUCACCGCUAUGUUCCGACGCAAGGCCUUCCUUCACUGGUACACACCCGAUACACACAGCCAGCAUCCCUCACACACACACACACACACACACCACUUCCCUCCCUCCCCUCUCCCUCCUUGAUGUGCAGGUACACUGGUGAGGGUAUGGACGAGAUGGAGUUCACUGAGGCCGAGAGCAACGUAAGACAGCAACACACACACAUGCGAGCACCAUCUUUCUCCAUGUGUGUGUGUCGAUGUGUGUGUGUGCAGAUGAACGACUUGGUUAGCGAGUACCAGCAGUACCAGGACGCCACCGCGGAGGAGGAGGGCGAGUUCGACGAGGAGGAGGGCGAGAUGGACAUGGAGGCCUAA